GCGGCCAUGGCAGGGGUGGAGGUGCAGGCAGCAAACAAUAUUUAAGAUGCUGACUUGUAGAGCAUUCAGGCUUGGGAAGGAAAACUAUAGGAUAUCCAUUAAGCUCCACUUUCAGAAACUGAAGAUUUGAGAAGGGCUAAGAAGGAGCAAGGAAAGAAAGAAAACAAGUGGGGAGACCAUCCGAGCGAGAGUGUAAGGGCAGAGUGUGCUGCAGCUUUGCAGACCUCAGCUGGGCAUAUCCAGAUUCUCCUGAAGGAAGAUCCUUCCUCAGCCCGGCCCACGAAAGAUGCUGAAAAAGACUCUCUCAGCUGGGACCUGGCUCUGUAUUUUCAUCAUGGCCUUUGUCAGCCACCCAGUGUGGCUGCAGAAGCCCCCUAAGCGUAAGACGCCUGCACAGCUCAAACUGGCUGCCUGCUGUGAGGAGGUAAAGGAGCUCAAGGCCCAAGUCGCCAACCUCAGCAGCCUGCUGAAUGAACUGAGCAAGAAGCAGGAGCGGGACUGGGUCAGUGUGGUCAUGCAGGUGAUGGAGCUGGAGAGCAGCAGCAAGCGUGUGGAGUCGCGGCUCACGGACGCCGAGAGCAAGUUCUCUGAAAUGAACAACCAGAUCGACAUCAUGCAGCUGCAGGCAGCGCAGACUGUCACGCAGACCUCGGCAGACGCCAUCUAUGACUGCUCUUCCCUCUACCAGAAGAACUACCGCAUCUCUGGCGUGUACAAGCUUCCUCCUGAUGACUUCCUGGGCAGCCCUGAGCUGGAGGUAUUUUGUGACAUGGAGACCUCAGGCGGAGGCUGGACUACCAUUCAGAGACGCAAAAGUGGCCUUGUCUCCUUCUACCGGGACUGGAAGCAGUACAAGCAGGGCUUUGGCAGCAUCCGUGGGGACUUCUGGCUGGGGAAUGAGCACAUCCACCGGCUCUCCAGACAGCCAACCCGGCUACGUGUGGAGAUGGAGGACUGGGAGGGCAACAUGCGCUACGCUGAGUACAGCCACUUUGUUCUGGGCAAUGAAUUAAACAGCUAUCGCCUCUUCCUGGGGAACUACAGUGGCAAUGCGGGGAAUGAUGCCCUCUUCUAUCAUAACAACACAGCCUUCAGCACCAAGGACAAGGACAAUGACAACUGCUUGGACAAGUGUGCACAGCUCCGCAAAGGUGGAUACUGGUACAACUGCUGCACAGACUCCAACCUCAACGGAGUGUACUACCGCCUGGGCGAGCACAACCAGCACCUGGACGGCAUCACCUGGUAUGGCUGGCAUGGCUCCACCUACUCCCUCAAACGGGUGGAGAUGAAAAUCCGCCCAGAAGACUUCAAGCCCUAGAAAGAGGCUGCUAUGGAGCAGGCCUGCAGAAAUGGAGACAAAUGGAGAUGGCAGGAGAGCAGAGGACAGGAGGAGGGUGCUGGAAAGGGUAGGGGUGGGAAAUGGCCUAUAAUCUCCGAUGAAAGAGUAUGUCUCUGAAUAGCACAAUAAACUCCUAUGCACCAAGGGUGUUACAGUAAAUGGGUCCUGCCUUUGGGGGGCUGGACAGAGUGGGCUCUCUCUGCUCACAUUUCUUUUAAAAUACAGAAAUUAUUCAGCUGGAGGUGAGCUGACCCAGGCUGGACUUUGGGGUACUGGGCUUUGCAGUCAGACUUUUUGCUUCUCCCCUGCUCACCUCGAUCAGGUAUAGUGCUGGACAGCAGGAAGCACCAACAGGAGGGGGGCAGAGGCCUGCAUGACAC